AUGGCUCCCUCCGGCAAAGCCUCCUCCAGCAGGGCGACGAGAACGACGCCCUCGACUCCGACAGCAGCAGCAGCGCCGCCUCUGCUCCUCUUCGCCGAUGGCCACCGAACCGACUCGUCGCCCUACGGGUCCACCACCAUGACCCCGAACCGCAGUCCCAACGUCGCCUUUGGCUUCGCCUUCGCCACGGACGUCAUCGUCGAGCAGACGCAGUUUUACAACCAGGAGGCGCCCAUCGCCUACCAGCUGCUGCUGACCAUCUCCACGCAGAUCCUGGGCUACGGCUUCGCCGGCAUGGCCCGCCGCUUCCUCGUCCGCCCCAGCGGCAUGGUCUGGCCCGGCACCCUCAUGAGCGCCGCCAUGUUCUCCACGCUGCACAAGCAGGAGAACAAGCCGGCCAACGGCUGGACCAUCAGCCGCUGGAAGUUUUUUUAUGUCGUCUUUGUCUGCGCCUCGGCCUUUUACUUCCUCCCGGGCCUCCUCAUGCCCGCCCUGAGCUACUUCAACGUCAUCACCUGGUUUGCGCCCAAGAGCGUCGUGCUCGCCAACCUCUUUGGCGUCUCCUCCGGCCUCGGCCUCUUCCCCAUGACCUUUGACUGGGCCCAAAUCACCUACGUCGGCUCGCCUCUCCUGGUGCCCUUCUGGGCCGCCAUGAACGUCGUCGGCGGCCUUGCCAUCAUCAUGUGGAUCAUUGCCCCCUUGUUCUACUACAGCAACGUCCUCUACUCGUCCUACAUGCCCAUCCUCUCCACGGCCGUCUUCGACAACACGGGCAAGGUCUACGACGUCAGCAAGAUCCUCACGCCCGACUUUCUCUUUGACAGAGAAGCCUACUCCAACUACAGCCGCGUCUUCCUCCCCGUCACAUACAUGCUCAGCUACGGCGUGCAGUUCGCCGGCCUCGCGGCUCUCCUGACGCACACUCUCUGCUGGCACGGCCAGGACAUCUGGCAUACCUGGAAAGAGUCGCUCGUCGAGGCGCGAGGACAGGGGAAAGAGGGAUACGAACAAGUAUCCGACUCUCCCGACGGUCCGUCAUCACAUCAGGGAGCAGCAGCACCCCGCGCCUCGUCGUCGGGAUCGCAUAUCGAAGGCCUGAUGAGCCACGAGGAUAUCCACAGCCGCCUCAUGAAGCGCUAUAAAGAUGCCCCCGUGAGCUGGUACCUAGCCACUUUCAUCUCCAUGGCCGCCAUCGGCAUCUUUGUCGUCGAAUACUACCCCGUCCACCUCCCCUGGUACGGCCUCCUGCUCGCCCUCGCCAUCGGCGCCAUCUUCUUCAUCCCCAACGGCAUCAUCAUGGCCAUCACCAACCAGCACAGCAGCAUCUACCUCAUCUGCCAGCUCAUCUGCGGCGUCGCCUUCCCCGGCCGCCCCAUCGCCAACAUGGUCUUCGUCACCUACGGCUACAUCUCCUCCGCCCAGGGCAUCAAGUUCGCCUCGGACCUCAAGCUCGGCCACUACAUGAAGAUACCGCCCCGCAUCAUGUUCACCGUCCAGAUCGCCGCCACCCUCGUCUCCUCCGUCACCCAGAUCGGCGUCCUCAACUGGAUGUUCGCCCACGUCCGCGGCAUCUGCACCCCCGAAGCCGUCAACGGCUUCACCUGCCCCAUCGCCCGCGUCCACUUCAACGGCUCCAUCCUCUGGGGCGUCGUCGGCCCCGGCGAGUUCUUCGGCCCCCGCGCAAUCUACCGGGCGCUCGUCUGGUGCUUCCCCCUCGGCGCCGUCCUCCCCGUGCCCCUCUGGCUCUGGUCCCGCCGCCGCCGCCACCGCACCCUCCUCCGCAAGGUCAACCUGCCCGUCAUCUUCGGCGCCAUGGGCUGGAUCCCGCCCGCCACCGGCCUCAACUUCUCCGUCUGGGCCCUCGUCUGCUUCCUCUUCAACUACCUCAUCAAGCGCCGCGCAAACGCCUGGUGGGGCAAGUACACCAUGACGCUCAGCGCCGCCCUCGACUCCGGCCUCGCCUUUGGCAUCGUCGUCGUCUUCUUUGGCUUUAUAUACCCAGGCUGGAUGAAGGGCUUCAGCUGGUGGGGGACCGAGGUGUACAAACGGGGGUGCGACUGGCAGGCUUGUUCGUUUAGGAACGUAAAGGAGGGGGAGAGGUUUGGGCCCGAUUCGUGGUGA